AUGUACGCUCACAAAAUCACCACCGUUGGAGCUGUGGCACUCUUGCUGGGCUGCCAGCUGCUCGUCGCCGCUCUCCCUGCCUCCGAUUACAUGUGGACUAGAAUCAAUACCGAGCGCUACUUUGCUUCGGUCGAGGACUGCGUGAACAACGAGAAGGACUGCCUCUGGCCAGCACUCUCCAAUCGCUUGAUCGGCUCGCACGAACAGCUCGUCCCGGCGGUGAAGGACCCUGCGGCUGCGUAUCCACUUGAUACGCGAACGCUUCCUGCCGCCGCUGCUACCGCUACUGCCGUCACUGACGCUCUUGCCACUACCUCGCCCUGCGUACAACACGUCCCGCACUCCACGACCACGACCACAGCUGUUCCCGACUUGUGGCUGGAGCUCCAGCGCCGCGACGUCGCCCUUGAAGACAUCCCGAAAAGCGAUCACAAUAGCGACCACCGCGGGCCGAUAGGGUUGUGGCCCUGCUUCAGCGGCCUCGGGCCCCUGUGUUUACCCGGCUGGACCCCGUACGAGAUACCGAGUUGCGUAUGCUUUCGCGAGCCCGAUGCCACCACCAAGGCGGGGUAG